AUGGUAGAGGCGGCAGUUGCUGCAGGAGGUGAUCAAAAGAAUGAAAAAGUGAAACCGAAUAAAAUGAAAAUUUCUAAAGCUUCGGUAGAGAUGUCACCAUGGGCAGACUUCAUUGAGGAACGCUUAGCUCUGUUCGACAAAUUGAUGGAAAGAUACAAGGCAGAACUAGCUGCCAAGGAACAUAAACCUAUCAAAAUUACUCUUCCUGAUGGCAAAGAAGUAAGCGGGGAGGCGUGGAAGACUACUCCCUUUGAGGUUGCAGAGUCGAUUAGUCGGGGUUUGGCAGACACAGCAAUCGUCGCGAAAGUUAAUGGGAAGGUUUGGGACCUUGAUCGCCCAUUUGAAGAAGAUGCAAAAUUAGAGAUUCUAAAGUUUGAUGACGAGGAGGCGAAGCAGGUGUUUUGGCACAGUUCGGCUCAUGUACUCGGGCAGGCUAUGGAAAGAUAUUGCGGUGCUCAUUUAUGCUAUGGACCUCCCCUCACAGAAGGAUUUUACUAUGACAUGUAUAAAGAGGGUGGCAGUAUUACUCCGGACGACUUUCCAAAGCUUGAAGAGAUUGUGAAAUGUGCAGUAAAGGACAAACAACCGUUUGUACGACUUGAGGUGACCAAAGAGGAACUUCUUGAACUUUUCAAAUACAACAAGUUUAAGCUGCGCAUCAUUAACGAGAAAGUUAAGACCCCGAGAACUACAAUCUAUAGAUGUGGAACGCUGAUUGAUUUGUGUCGAGGACCUCACUUGAGGCACACCGGGAAAGUUAAGGCACUUGCAGUAACAAAGACAUCUAGUUCGUACUGGGAAGGUAAUGCAGAGGCGGAGUCGCUAACACGGCUUUAUGGUAUAGCCUUUCCCGACCCGAAGCAGUUGAAGGAGUGGCAAAGGAUUCAGGAAGAGGCUGCAAAGCGCGACCAUCGAAGACUGGGAAGAGACCAAGAAUUGUUUUUCUUCCAUCCUUUGAGCCCUGGUUCAGCAUUUUGGUUCCCUAAGGGAGCACAUAUUUACAAUACUCUCUGCAAUUUUAUCAGAAAAGAGUAUCGGAAGCGUGGUUUCACUGAGGUCAUAAGUCCAAAUAUGUUUAAUAGCAAACUUUGGGAGAUAUCUGGACAUUGGGAACACUAUUCAGACAAUCUUUUCAAGAUCGAAAUUGAAAAAGAAUUGUUUGGGUUGAAGCCGAUGAAUUGCCCAGGGCACUGUUUAAUGUAUUUACAAAUGCCGCGUACGCAUAAUGAACUUCCCAUUCGUUACGCAGACUUUGGUGUGCUGCACAGAAAUGAAAUCAGUGGCGCUUUAACUGGGCUGACUCGCGUACGUCGGUUCCAACAAGAUGAUGCUCACAUAUUCUGUCGUCCAGACCAGAUCCGCCAAGAGAUUAUGGGUUGCAUUGACUUCCUAAAAUAUGCAUACGUAGACGUCUUCGGGUUUUCUUUCAAGCUGGUUUUGAGCACACGUCCUGAAGAGGGGUACUUGGGAGAAAUUGCGACUUGGGAGCAUGCUGAGGACGAAUUACGAAAGGCUUUGGAUGAAUGUGGUCAUCCUUGGGAACUCAAUCCUGGAGAUGGCGCUUUUUACGGACCCAAGAUUGAUAUUUCUAUUCAAGAUGCGCUGCGCCGUUAUCAUCAAUGUGCAACAAUUCAGUUAGAUUUCCAACUGCCUCAGCGCUUUGAUUUAAUAUACUUCGACGAGAAGCAUGAGAAGAGGCGUCCGGUUAUGGUUCACAGAGCCCUUCUUGGAUCAAUUGAAAGAAUGACUGCUAUUCUCACUGAGAAUUAUGGUGGGAAAUGGCCUUUUUGGCUUUCUCCUAGACAGGCCAGAGUGAUAGCAGUACAUGAGUCUCAAGAUGAGUACGCAAGGUCAGUACAGAAAAAGAUAUACGAGGCAGGAUUCGAAGUGGAAUACGACAAUGAUAAUUCGGAUACUCUGAAUAGGAAGAUUAGAAAUGCUCAGCUGGCGCAGUUUAAUUUUAUACUCGUCGUUGGUCCAAAAGAAGCCCAGAAUGGGACCGUAAAUGUGCGCACACGAGAUAACGCGGUACAUUUAGUUCUUCGACUGGUAGAAUUGUUUCUUAUGAAACGCGUCCGAGGUGAAGUGAAAGUAGAAGAGCUAAUCGAGAAAUUUAGACGAUUCCGGGAUGAAUAUGUAAAGGACACAGAGAAUGCUAGUGAAUUUUAA